UUCGCAAUGUAUUUUACAUGCUUGGCACUCAGCAGGGUCUGUUCCUUUAAGACCCUCCAUUUUCUUGAAGCCUAGAGGCGGGCCUUCUCUCUAAAGCAUAGGGCUAGCUCCGGCAUGUCUCAUUCAUUCCAGCUCCAGCCACCACAGUGACCAGAUCCACAGGACUUCUUAAAGCUAAUACAGACUGCAAAUCUGAUAAAUACCAAAGCCUUUUUACCACUUUCAUUAUAUCUCAGUAAAGAUUACAUCAGUUAAGCAAACCAGCGUGUCUUUCCUUGAGAUUCGGUAUAAACUUGAUGUGAAGCUGUGUCCACGAGACAGCGGAGACAUUAUAGUAAAAAGGCUUUAAAACGUUAUCAGAAGCAGUUAAUCAGCUUUGAAUCGUCCGCAGCAGUAAAAAAGACUCAUAAAUCCUGUGCCCUGCAGUCUGUGUCGGAGUCAAGGCGCGAAGCACUAGAAAGUGAAACUAAUUCUCUCACGUGCUAUAACACCGCUGUGCUGUGUCCAGUCAUCAUCAUUAUCUAGCUGCCAGCUAAAUCAAGAUGCAGAACCCAGAGAACAGCACUCUGACAGUUAACCCUCAAUGCUCCUAUAAAGAGGAAGACACCUUGCCAAGAAGUAGAUCUAGGUGCACAACAUUGUCUAGAGCGUCCAGUCAAACAAAUCUAACUUCGGUUAGCGCCGAUGCAUCAAGAUUUAAACGCCAUAGUUCUAGACACUCAAGCACCACCAGCCUGUCAUCCGCUAGCGCCAUAGCAACUAAGGCAAGAGCGAAAGCAGAGGCAGCUUGUGCAAUGGCGUCCUAUGCAAAGCAGGAAGCUGAAUUGACGAAAGAACAAGCAAAAAGUGAAUCUGAAGCACUUAGAAGAAAAGCUGAAUUGAUGAAAGAACAAGCAAAAAGUGAAUCUGAAGCACUUAGAAGAAAAGCUGAAUUGAUGAAAGAACAAGCUGAAGCACUUAGAAGAAAAGCUGAAGUGCAAGCAUCUUUACACUUACUGCAACAGCAGAAAAACGCUGCAGCAGCCUUAGCCGAGGCAGAAGUUCUCACAAGGGCUGCCGAAGCUCAGUUCGCUGACAUAGAAACCCAGAUGUCACCCCUCAGCGCAAGCCAACGUACCCGUGAGUACAUACAGUCACAAGCAACCAUGUACACUGACCAGCAGUUCAAUUAUGCACCAAGGCCAUCAUUGACUCCACCAGCAAUAAGCAACUUUGAUACUAUGCAACACUGCAAGACUGAAUCAGAACCUCAGGGUAGGAAGUCAAGUGGUCGCAUGCUCAGAGACCAAUCUGCCAACCUGACAAGAGUGCAAACGGAUGCUGAUGUACUCCCUCCUCAAGCAAAUACAAGUCUGGAUUAUAGCAGUAAGACUUACAACAGAGGAGAACAAAGCAGACUUAGUCAAGUGCCUCAUCAGCCUUUCCAGCCGCAGCCAUACCCUGAGUUUACACCCAGGAAGUAUUCACCAGAUGCAGCAAGAGCUACAGAGGUAGCAAGAUUCCUGAUGCGCCGUGAGAUAGUGAGCGCUGGUCUCAUGAAAUUCGAUGACCGUCCAGAAAACUACUGGGCCUGGAAGUCAUCUUUCCUAAGCGGUACCCAAGACUUAGAUCUGACAGACAGAGAAAAGCUUGAUCUGCUCGUCAAAUGGCUAGGACCAGAGUCCACUGAGCAAGCCCAAAGAAUCAGAUCAGUACAUGUUCAUGACACAACAGCAGGACUUGCAAUGGUGUGGAGGAGACUAGAACACUGCUAUGGGUCACCUGAAGUGAUUGAAGAUGCUCUUCUGAAGAGGAUAGAAAACUAUCCAAGAAUGACAAACAAAGACAAUCAAAAGCUGAGAGGGUUUGGGGACCUACUCUUAGAAAUAGAAGCCGCUAAGUCUAGUGGAUAUCUGCCAGGUCUCUCAUACUUAGAUACAGCACGUGGAGUUGAUCCCAUAAUCGAGAAACUUCCUUUCAACUUGCAGGAAAGGUGGGUCACUCAAGCAUCAAGAUACAAGAAAGAACAACGAGUCGCAUUUCCAUCAUUUACCUUCCUUGCUGAAUUCAUCGUGGACCAAGCUGAAACACGCAAUGAUCCAAGCUUUGCUUUCCUGAACAAGAGAACUGCAAGCUCCCCAAAGGUAGAGCAAAAACCUCCAACGCCUUACAAAGAACGCAGAGCAACAGUUUCUGUACGGAAGACAGAAGUCUCGCCUGAGUCUGCAGUCAAUCAGGAAGACAACACAAGUAAGAAAGUUGAGGAGCCAGACAAAAUAUGUCUAAUCCACAACAAGCCUCAUCCACUAAGAAAAUGUUGCAGUUUCAGAAGUAAGACAUUAGAAGAGCGCAAAGCUUACCUUAAAGACAAUCACAUUUGUUUCAGAUGUUGCGCUUCAAUUCAGCAUCUUGCAAAAGACUGUACAAAAACAAUAAAAUGCACAGAGUGCAACAGUGACAAACACCUGUCAGCACUGCACCCAGGACCACCACCAUGGAAACAAGAAGUUCCAGCAACUCAAGAAGAUCAUGGUGGGGAGCAAGGCGAGAGUACAACGCCAGCAGUAACCUCAAAGUGUACUGAGAUCUGUACAGAGCAGGGCCGCCCCAGAUCAUGUUCCAAAAUAUGCUUAGUCAAGGUGUAUCCUGAAGGCUUCAGAGAAAAAGCAAUCAAGAUGUACACAGUCUUCGAUGAACAGAGUAACAGAUCUCUGGCAAAAACAGAGUUCUUUGACCUCUUCGGUGACAAAGGAAGUCCAACUCCAUACACCCUGAAGACUUGUUCUGGAGUUGUAGAAACAACAGGGAGAAGAGCAAACAACUACAUCAUUGAGUCAUUAGAUGGAAAGACAAAGGUGACUCUUCCUACCCUCAUAGAAUGUGAUGAGAUACCAGACGACAGGUCAGAGAUCCCCACACCUGAAGUUGCUCGUCAUCACCCCCAUCUGGUGCGAAUAGCAGACCUGAUACCAGCACUAGAUCCAGAUGCUGCAAUCAUCCUUCUACUUGGGAGAGAUAUCCUCAAAGUGCACAAAGUCAGAGAACAGUACAAUGGGCCACACAAUGCACCAUUUGCACAACGCCUUGAUCUCGGAUGGGUCAUCGUUGGAGAAGUAUGUCUAGACAGACUCCACAAACCAGAAAAGGUAAAUGUCUACAGAACACAUCUGUUACAGAAUGGUCGUACAUCUUGUCUUUGCCCAUGUACCAACAGUCUACACAUUAAAGAGAGACUUGUAAACCCAACACAUCAUCAGAGUAUCCAGAGGUGCAUGGAAGACUUAGCCUCAACUGGAGAUACAGAUGAACUGGGCGGUAAGGUGUUUGAAAGAACACGAGAUGACGACAAGCCAGCACCCUCUGUGGAAGAUACUCUCUUCCUUGAGAUCAUGGACAGAGAAGUCUUCAGAGACAAAUCAGGCAGCUGGGUAGCCCCUCUACCCUUCCGGUCACCACGCCAUCGCCUUCCUGACAACAAAGUACAAGCAGAGAAACGCUUCACAUCGUUGCAGCACAUGCUACAAAGAAAGCCAAAUAUGAAAAAACACUUCCAAGCCUUCAUGCAGAAGAUCUUUGACAACAAUCAAGCUGAAAGGGCACCACCACUACAAGAGAACCAAGAACACUGGUACUUACCAAUAUUUGGGGUGUACCAUCCUCAGAAACCAGGCCAGAUACGCGUAGUAUUUGACUCUAGUGCGAAGCACAAAGGCAUCUCACUAAAUGAUGUCCUUCUCAGUGGACCUGACCUGAACAACACACUCCUUGGAGUACUCAUCAGGUUCAGAAAAGAACUCAUAGCAGUGACAGCAGACGUACAACAGAUGUUCUACUGUUUCCUUGUUCGUGAAGAUCACAGAGACUACUUAAGUUUCCUGUGGUAUGCAGACAAUGACUUUAACAAAGAAAUCACAGAGUACAGGAUGAAGGUACAUGUGUUUGGAAACAGCCCUUCUCCAGCUGUAGCUAUCUACAACCUGAGACGAGCAGCACAGCAAGGUGAAAGACAUGGUCAAGAAGCCACACAGUUCAUCAUGAAGAACUUCUACGUAGAUGAUGGACUUGCUUCUUUCUCCAGCAACGAAGAAGCUAUCAACGUCCUGAAAAGUACAAGAGAAAUGUUGGCAGAAUCCAACAUAAGACUGAACAAGGUAGCUUCCAACAGCAACAGAGUCAUGGAAGCAUUUCCAAUGGAAGACCGUGCUAAAGACCUCAAAGACUUGGAUCUAGGAACAGAAUCACCACCCUUGCAAAGAAGUCUUGGGAUUAGUUGGGACCUGAAGACUGACAGUUUCACCUUCAGGGUCUCCAGAGAAGAGAAGCCAUUCACAAAAAGAGGUGUCCUAUCUACAGUCAACAGUCUUUACGACCCCCUGGGGUUCGUAGCACCCAUCAUCAUGCAAGGCAAAGCUCUUUUGAGACAGAUCACUACUGAGCAAGAACAAAGUGACUGGGACAUACCUCUACCUGAAGAGAAGGAAAUGCAGUGGAAGUUGUGGAAAGACUCAUUGUUAGAGCUUGAACAACUCAACAUCCCUAGACCAUACGUAUCUGUUUCCUUGUCUGCUACAAAGAGAAGAGAAAUAUGCAUAUUCUCUGACGCCUCCACUAUGGCUAUCGCAUCUGUCGCCUACCUUAGGGUAAUAGACACUGAGGGACAAAGCCAUGUCGGGUUCCUCAUGGGAAAAUCUAAGCUGGCUCCCAGACCGGCUCACACUGUCCCACGUCUAGAACUUUGUGCUGCUGUCUUAGCUGUAGAGAUGGCAGACAUGAUUACAACAGAACUGGACAUCGAGAUCCAUGCAAUGAACUUUUAUACAGACAGCAAGAUUGUGUUAGGAUAUAUUCACAAUGCUUCAAGAAGAUUUUAUACAUACGUGGCCAACAGAGUGACACGUAUCAGAAAGUCUACAAGUCCAGAACAGUGGCAUCACAUCAGCACAGACAAGAACCCAGCUGAUCAUGGGACGAGACUAGUGCCAGCCGCUGCGCUCAAGCAAACUAACUGGUUUGUAGGUCCAUCUUUUCUUCGUAAACCAGAAACCAAAGAAAAUACUCAGGUAGAGACCUUUCAGCUCAUAGAACCAGAUCAAGACAAAGAGGUAAGACCUCAAGUGACAGUUUGUAGGACUUUAGUUACAAGAGACAGUCUGGGCGCUCAUAGAUUUGAAAGGUUUUCCAGCUGGAAGUCGCUGACCCGUGCAAUCGGAAAACUUAUCUGUCUAGCCAGAUCCUCCUGCAGAGCUACCAAUACUGAUCAGCAUAGCAAUGACCACCUUGAACAAGCCAAGGUCACGAUCAUCAGAUGCGUCCAACAGGAAGUCUUUAAAGAAGAAAUCCAAGGCCUUCUGAAAAAGGAAGAGAUUUCUUGUACACCAAGCAAUGGAAACAAGUUCAAAGUCUUGCGGACAUUUUCUGGAAGAGGUGGAGACAGGAAUACCUGAUAAUAUUCCAGCCACGCAAGAAAUGGCAAGAUGACAAGCCCAAUUUACAAGUUGGAGACGUUGUUUUACUGAAAGACUCUCAGGCCCACAGGAACGAGUGGCCUAUUGGACUCAUUGUGGGGACUGAUCCUAGUAGUGAUGCUAGAGUUAGAAAGGUUGAAGUUAGGAUUGUUAGACAGGGCAUUCCCAAAGUGUAUGCAAGGCCAAUUUCUGAAGUAGUUUUACUCCUGUCCAAGGGUUAGUGGCAUAACAAAAAGUAUGCCAGGUGGGGAGUGUGCUGCCUUCGCAAUGUAUUUUACAUGCUUGGCACUCAGCAGGGUCUGUUCCUUUAAGACCCUCCAUUUUCUUGAAGCCUAGAGGCGGGCCUUCUCUCUAAAGCAUAGGGCUAGCUCCGGCAUGUCUCAUUCAUUCCAGCUCCAGCCACCACAGUGACCAGAUCCACAGGACUUCUUAAAGCUAAUACAGACUGCAAAUCUGAUAAAUACCAAAGCCUGUGAGUACGGAAUUGUUAGUUAGCCUGUGUAGAGAGAUGCUAGGCAUUUGUAGAUAGAUAAUGUGUGUUUUCAGUGUGUAGUAAGUGAGCACAUGUUAGACCCUAUCUAUGUAUUAGCUAUGCAUAAUGUAAGGCACUUGAAUAGCCAUGCUUAUAUUUGUCUUUCAUAUGUUUGUUUUACAGUUUUACCACUUUCAUUAUAUCUCAGUAAAGAUUACAUCAGUUAAGCAAACCAGCGUGUCUUUCCUUGAGAUUCGGUAUAAACUUGAUGUGAAGCUGUGUCCACGAG